AGAUUCAUGUUUAAAAUAACCUUUCCUCCUAUCUGUGUCUCUUUCAUAUUUCGUUGUUUCUGAUUGCCGUUCCCUUUUUCUUCUAUCCCCAUUUUCUCUAAAAUGUACUUAUAUUCACAUAGCACCUUAAAUCCUAUUACACCCUAUCUGAGAGAGACCUUUUUAUAUGUAUGAUUGAUGCAGACACAAGGUCCAUUAUCUGAUUUUCUUAUUUUUAAUGUCAAUAUUACUAUUUUUGAUAAUGUGGCCUAAAUUGUUAUGACACAUGUCAAUUUCAAUAAGUACAUUAUUUACUCAAAUAGUUACACAUAAAUUCCAUGGCCCUGCCUUUUAACAUGGUAAAUUCAUGUCCCUUCCCACUGUCCCCCCAUUUCUUUUUUAAGAUACCUUUUAAAACUUGUUCAGUUCUUUGUCUUGACAGGAGCCGUGUGCUAACAAAGGAUGGAACAGAAAAAUGGAAGUUCUUUCACCGGGUUUAUCCUGCUAGGUUUCUCUGACAGGCCUCAACUGGAGCUAGUCCUCUUUGUGGUUCUUCUGAUUUUCUACACCUUCACUUUGCUGGGAAACUCAACCAUCAUUGCAUUGUCCCAUGUGGACCCACAACUUCACACCCCUAUGUACUUUUUCCUUUCCAACCUAAGCUUCCUGGACCUGUGUUACACUACCAGCAUUGUUCCCCAGUUCCUGGUUAAUCUCAGUGGAGCAGACAAAUCUAUCUCCUUUGGUGGGUGUGUAGUUCAGCUGUUCAUCUCUCUGGGGUUGGGAUCUACAGAAUGCAUUCUGUUAGCAGUAAUGGCAUUUGACCGCUAUGCAGCUGUUUGCAGGCCCCUUCACUACACAGUGAUCAUGUACCCUCGUCUCUGUGCCCUGAUGGCUUCUGCUUCAUGGCUCGUUGGUUUUGCCAACUCCUUAUUGCAGACAGUGCUCAUCUUCCUUUUACCACUUUGUGGCAGAAAUAAAUUAGACCACUUCUUGUGUGAGGUCCCUCCUUUGCUCAAUCUUGCCUGUGUUGACACUACUGUGAAUGAGUCUGAGCUCUUCUUUCUCAGUGUCUUCAUUCUUUUCAUACCUGUGGCAUUAAUCAUAUUCUCCUAUGUUCAGAUUGCCAGGGCAAUCUUAAGAAUAAAGUCUGCUGCAGGGCAGAGAAAAGCAUUUGGGACAUGUGGAUCCCACCUGACCGUGGUCUCCCUGUUCUAUGGCACAGCCAUCUAUGCUUAUGCCCAGCCCAGGAACAACUACUCCCAGGAUCAGGGCAAGGUCACAUCUCUCUUCUACACCAUCGUUUCCCCCAUGAUCAACCCCCUGAUAUACACACUGCGGAACAAGGAUGUGAAGGCAGCAAUGAAGAAGGUGCUUUGGAAGGACUCUGACUCCAGAUGAUGGUGGGUGGAAGACAGUUUAAUGGAAGGAGUUUGAAUGCCUGAGGUCUUAAGAUGUAUGUGUGUGUCCCCCAUGUGUCAUCCAAAACUUUUCCUGAGAGCUAUCAUGGGAAUUUUCUUACUUCAUUCUCUUACAAAAGUGAGUGUUCAAAUCUAAGUUAAUGGAGUCAUUCCAAC